CAGAAACUUAUGCCUCACGCCGAAAACACCAUGGGUGAGAAUUCUAUGAACGGGGAGACCGUCCACUCCCACUUCCUGGAGCACCUGGCAUCCUACCCCGUUGUCUCCGACUCCAUCACCGUCAUCAAAACCAACAAGUACGGCGCCAAGUACCUGCAAUAUGCCGACCAGGGCUACGUCAACAUCGCGAAGCCGGUGCUUCCCUACUUCUCCAAGCCCUACGGUUACGUUGCUCCCUAUGUCGCGCGGGCGGACUCCAUCGGCGACAAGGGCCUGACCAAGGUGGACGAGACAUUCCCCUUCAUCCAGCAGGAUACCGACACCCUCAAGGGAACGAUCCGUGAUGGGAUCUUCCUCCCGGUGCGAUUCGCGGCCGAUCUGAAGGACCAUGUCCUGGGCACCUACGGUUCUGAAUAUAAGGAAUGUGGCGGGGACGGCGUGGUUGCGAGCGGCAAGGCGCUCAUUACGACCGGCUUCAUCCUCUCGCAGGAGUCGCUGGAGUACUUGAGCUCCCUGCUGCGGGCGAAGAAAGCGCAAGCCAAGGAGCCCCCGGAGCCUGAACCCGAAUCCUCCAGCGACGACGGCGCACCCCCGGCUACCCAAGUCCAGCGCCGGCGGCUCACCCAGAAUGCUCCGUCCUCGGACAGCGACGACGACGACGACGACCACAGCGAGGCAGAAGACACCCGCGCGCCGACCAGUCUUGACGUGAUGGUCAAAAAGAUGGUGCGACUAGCACUGGCGAGCGAGUACGCGCGCCAACCGAUCCGACGAACCGAUAUCAGCGCCAAGGUGCUGGGGGAGCAGGGGGCGCGGCAGUUCAAGACGGUAUUCGAAGAUGCGCAGAGGGUGUUGCGCGUGAAAUUCGGGAUGGAGAUGACAGAGUUGCCGGUUAAGGAGAAGGUGACGAUCACUCAGCGAAGAGCCGCGCAAAAAGUCGAAAAACCAUCAUCGAGCAACAAAUCCUGGAUUCUCUCCAGUAUAUUGCCCCCCGAGUAUCGGAAGCCGGAGAUCCUCCCGCCCACGAAAGCCCCGCUCGAGGGGACGUACACGGGACUGUAUAGUUUCAUUAUCGCGGUGAUUCUGCUCAAUGGGGGCGCGAUCCAGGAGCAGAAGCUCGAUCGCUAUCUCAAGCGCACCAAUGCCGAGACGUAUACCCCGAUUGAUCGCACGGAUCGCUUUCUGCAGCGUCUGUGUCGGGAGGGGUAUCUGGUGCGGAAUCGCGAGGUGGAUGGCGGUGAGGAGGUCAUUGAGUAUAUACUGGGGCCAAGGGGGAAGAUUGAGGUUGGCGCUCAGGGGGUCGCGGGCUUGGUGCGUGAGGUGUAUGGCCGGUCGGGUGAUGGGGAGAGGGAUCAGGAGUUGGAGAUUCGUCUGGCGCGUAGUUUGGGGUUUGAGCUGCCGGAGCAGACUGCCGGGGGCCAGGAGGGGGAGGGGCAGGGGCAGGGGGGUGAUGGUGAUGGUGAUGGUGAUGAGGAUGGAGAGCAGCGGCAGGGUCGGAGGCAGCGGCAGAGGAGGGAGCAGCCUACUAGACGAACGGGCGAAUAG